CACGACACCUGAACAAGCUGGCCAUUACUCACAUCGGCCAGACGCGCCAUGGCCACCAUGCUACUCUCUCAGCAUUCAUCUAAUCCUCUUGAAGUCGGUUCUUCUGAUAUUCGUAACAAAGCUUACCACGAGGAAUAUGUCUCGGCACGGAAUACAAACGGUGCUUUCAAGCCCCACCUCCGAGGACGCCCAGAUAUGGUCGAGUAUCACAAUCAUCUUGCACACCUUUAUUCAAAACAAGGCGUUGUGCCCUCCACUAUCAAGCGAAGGCGGCCAAGUCACCCAGACGAGCUGCCGGUCGUAGAUCUCGACGAGAGCAUGGAAAGCGCUGACGAUAUGAAUUUUGAAGCACCGCAUGAUAUGGGCAAUCUUGACGACGACGACGAAGACCCUGAUGAAGACGCCGACGCAGAUGGUGAAACGGACGAAGAGAAGACGUUGUACCUCAAACCACCAGAAGAACAACAAGAAAUCCAACUAGAAAUUGCCAAUCUCAACAACGCUGUUCCGUCGUUAUCAGAAGACUAUACCAUCGUCGAUCGCCUUGGCACAGGGACAUUCUCCUCCGUAUACAAGGCCAUAGAUUUGGCCUACCAUUAUAAAUGGGACAACACUGCGUGGCAUGGCUACCAUCCUCCCACAUCCUCCGCACAUCACCAAUCAGCCCCUUAUUCCCCCGGUACCAAAGUCUUUGUCGCCAUAAAACGAAUAUAUGUCACAAGCAAUCCAGAGCGAAUACGAAACGAGAUCUCGAUCAUGGAAGAUUGCAGGGGAUGCCGUCAUACUUCUCAGCUUAUCACCGCGUUCCGACACCAAGAUCAGGUGGUCGCUAUCAUGCCAUAUACCCGCAACGAAGAUUUUCGAGAAUUCUACAAAGACUUGUCUAUGGCUGGUAUCAAAGCAUACUUUCGAUGUAUGUUCCGUGCGUUACGUGAUAUUCAUGCCAGAGGUAUCAUACAUCGGGACGUUAAACCUGCCAACUUUCUGUAUGAUCCUCGAACAGGCAUAGGUGCCUUGUGCGACUUUGGCCUCGCAAGUAGAAUGGAUGGAUCCACGCCGGCGCACGGAGCAUGCUUGCAUACCUCUGCCACGCGGGAGCAUCCUCAUGGAAAAAUAAGAGGUCGGAAUGACUAUGAUGUUGAUCUCCUGAAGAAGAUGCAGAGGGAAGCCCGACAGAAAAGUUCAUGGUCAAGCGAUCGUGUUGGCUAUCCCGACAAGGAUACGAGAGCCCCAUCAAAAGCAAACAGGGCAGGCACGAGAGGCUUCCGGGCCCCCGAAGUCCUUCUAAAGUGCAGCCAGCAAACCGGUGCCAUUGAUGUUUGGUCAGCUGGCAUGAUCCUUCUCUUCUUCCUGGCGGGAAAAUUCCCUCUUCUGCAGUCCAGUGAUGAUAUAGAAGCUCUCAUGGAAAUAGCUACCAUUAUCGGACGACAGAAAAUGGAGAAAACUGCGAUCCUGCAUAGUCGGACAUUUGCGACAAAUGUGCCUUCAAUAUCGCAAGAGGGCAUAAGUUGGCGCGAGUUCGUUGAAAAACAAAAUCCUAACAUAUUCAAACCUCGUACGCCAGAUCCUCGAUAUUAUCCAUACAAUGACCACGAGACACAUUCUCCUGGAGGACUCAACCAUCCGCCGCCGUCAUCUUCUCCAUCAUACAGCUACGGACAGACCAGAUUUUCUCGGUCACGCUCCACUACCCCCACGCGUGCCAAUAUACCAGCACCCCCGACAGCUGAAUCGCACCGAAUUGAGGUCGAAGCUGCACUUUCUCUUCUAGCGGAGGUAAUGCAUCCCGAGUCAACACGACGCAUUACUCCGCGGGGAGCACUAUACCACCCAUUCCUGGCGGAUCCAUCGGAGCCCGAGGAUGAUGACCUGUUCCCACACCCGUUUGGCGAUGGCGUAUGUGGGAAGUGGCAUUACGUGGAUGAAAGAACAGAUGAGCAGUAUGUAAUUAUUUUAGAUGACGAGGAACAAAAGGGGAGGCGAGUGAUAUCUGGAGAAGGUAUAGCCAUAGGGAGGUGGCCUUGUGAGUUUCAUAGGCACGCGUGUUACGAGGAGUAAAAAGAAGAAGAUGUAAAAUAAUUUGUGAUUUUAUUAACAGCAAAAAAAAUGACCAC